CCAACAUCGUUAGUUGCCCCACGAAUGUGACAGUGCACGGACGCCAUAUUGGAUUAAAAUAAUCAAAUAAAUGCUUUUUAAAUAAAAAUAUAAAACAAAAUUCAAUUAAAUAAUAGGUUAGUGUCAAGUGUAAAUUUGUAAAUUGUCAUUACAAAGAUAUUUUGAGUGUUUAUCGUGCGUGCGAGUUUGGAAAUAUUCCAUAAUUGAGGCAAAAAGUGGUUUUAUAAAGUGACUCGCAGUUAUUUUUGUUAUAAUUCAACAAGACAAUGGAUAAUUGCCGUUUACGCCUUGUCUUAAUUGGUUUUUAAUUGUGUGUAACUUCAUUUGUUUAUAAGACGCCCUAACCAGGAUUAAACCUUCCCAACUUGGUUGGUUUCUAAGCCGCGCCCAUGUCGGCGGCAUGUCUCCCCUCACCGCACUGCUGCUGCUCGGGCUGAUCACCACCGGAGACGCGCAGUACUUCGAUAUAUUCCAAGGGUUCCAGCCGUUUCUGCAGUCACAGACCACACAGAGACCGAAACCACAAAAAAAACAACAAAUAGAGUUCGUCUACUCUCCACAAGAUGGUGACACUAACAACAGGUUCAUUGUCAUCAACCCUGGCAACACCGACAAUGUUGCCACAGAGAAAAAUCAACACUCGUACAAAUACGAGGCUCAUUUCGACGAUAGUAUAAGAACUACUAAGUCUUAUACUACAAGUACUGCUAAGCCUCCAAAAAGAAAUUCUAGUCAAAAUAAUAAUAAAGCUGGAGGAACUAGACAUAGGAAUAGUAAUAAGCAAUCUAGUGUAGCUAGUAUAGUUAGUAAUAGUGAUAAUACAAAAGGGAGUUAUAGUGAUAAUGAAAAUAGAAGAAAACAGUCAACGACUGAAGAUUCUUACUACGCUAUAAGACCUCUAUUUAAGCCGACAACUAAAGCUCCAAUAUUUGAUUCGUAUGAUAAUGACAAUUAUUACGAGAAUGUUAAUUAUAAUAAGAAGCCAAGUAACAGUGGUCGACCAAAUAAUAACGCACAUACAACGGCUAAACCAACAUCAAGCAAUGUUAGAACAACAUACACUACAGCAAAGCCUAAUAAAAAUAUUCAAAGGUUAGAUAGUAACAGACCGAAUCAAUCGGAAUACAGCAGUUAUACAACAAAAAAACCGAACAAUAAUAAUGAUAGAAACGAUAACAGCAAUUACUAUGACCAAUCGGGUUACAGCGUUUAUACAAAACCAAACAAUCAGAGAACAGAAAAUAACUAUAACAGACCGAGCCAAACCGACUAUACCACCUAUACAACGACAACUAAAAGAAGUGUGAGACCAGAAUAUAACAAUGACAGACCAAAUCAAUAUGAGUACAGCAGCUAUACAACAACGAAACCUAAUAAGAACAACCAGAGAACAGAAUAUUACGGCGAAAGACCAAGCCAAUCGGAAUACAGUAGCUUUACUACAAAGAAACCGAACUAUAAUCAGAAACCAGAAUAUAACCACGAAAGACCAAGUCAAUCUGAUUACAGUAGCUAUGUUACAACUAAACCUACGAAAAAUAAUCAGAGACCAGAAUAUAACAACGAAAGACCAAGUCAAUCUGAAUAUAACAGUUACACCACCAAACCCAAUCGACCCCAAAGACCAGAUUACAAUGGCGACACUUACAGCAGCUACUCAACAUCUAGACCAAAUUACGAAAACACCCAUUACACAACAACAAAUAAACCCAACUAUUACAACUAUGAAGGAUCCUAUAACGAUGGACCAAGCUACAACGCUUAUACAACACAUAAGAACACCAAUAAAAGACCUUCAAAUAGUCAUACAACUCAAAACCCCUACACUCAUAGGCCAGGUGUAAAGCCAGCAGUUAUACACGGCCCUCCUAUAACGAACAGGCCGAUUCACAAGCCGUAUACAGAGAAGCCUAAUGGUGAUUUCGGGAAUGAGGAUGCAGUGUAUUUCCCAGAAGAGAAGAACCCUUCGCCAGAAGUAGUGAUAGGGCCAGAUGUGGACGUCAUGAGUUCAACGCAGAGGAGGAAAUACGUGGAUCUUGCUGAAAAAUUAUGCGACAAGUACAAAUCCUUCGACUCGACCCUCGUGGCCGCCAUCCCUCUCCUGCCGGAGCCGGAGCCGGUGACGUUCAACGUGUCCGGCUGCGCGCCGCGGACCGCGCCCCUCAUUGUGGGAGGGAAGGUCGUCAAUAUAGACCAGUUUCCGCACAAUGCUGCGCUGGGGUGGCUGAAGCUUGAGGGCGCGGGCUACUCGUGGAAGUGUGGAGGCUCGCUCAUCAGCGACCGCUUCGUGCUGACGGCCGCCCACUGCGCCUACCAGGAGAGGGAUAACACUGUUGUUGCAGGCCCCCCGCGCGUGGUGCAACUCGGCUCAUCCUACCUGGACGACCCCGGCGCGCUAGUGGUCAGGGUCUCCAAGUCCAUCCGGCACCCGCGGUAUAAGAUACCCCGGUCCUACUACGACGUGGCGCUGCUGAAGCUGGUCACUAGCGUCAGAUUCUCGGAGGUGAUCAAGCCGGCGUGCAUCGGGCUACCCCCGGCUGCCGGCGAGUCCAUCAUCGCCACGGGGUGGGGGCGGACUGAGUUCGGCGGAGAAUCCUCAGAAGAGCUCCGAGGCGUGUCCAUCCCGGUGUGGGACAUGGCGACCUGCUCCCGCGUGCUGGGGCCGUCGCGCAAGCUGCCUCAGGGACCCUCGGCUGACAGCCAGCUGUGUGCUGGCGAGGUGGAGGGAGGGAAAGAUACUUGUCAGGGCGACUCAGGCGGCCCAGCUCAAGUCCUAGACGGGUGCGCGUGGCGCGUGGUCGGGGUCACGUCGGUGGGGCGCGCGUGCGGGGCGCCGCGCACCCCCGCGCUUUAUGCCACCGUGUUGAGGGAGUUUGUGGCCGCUGUCAUCACCAUGUAUUGAGUAGCUAAGCGCUCAGUUGUAGACAGGGACUUAAGUGCAAUUUCGCCAUAGUCGGUUAAAUAACCGACAGGGUUUGAUUUAUAAAUUAAACGUCAUCUCCAUAUAAAAUUCAUGACAGAUGUGUCAAAAGUCAACCACUACUCCCUGGUUAUGCUCUAACCGACUAUGGAGAAAUUGUCACUAAGCUUGCGCUCUACGCCACCGUGUUGAGCGAGUUUGUAGCUGCUGUCAUCACCAUGUAUUGAUUAAGUACAUAAUUUACGCUGAGUUGUAGUAAGGAACUUAAGUGCAAUUUCGCCAUAGUGGUUUAGAGCAUAAUCAGAGAUUAUUGGUUGACUCUUGACACAUCUGUCAAGAUUUUGGUAUGGAGAUGACGUACAAUUGAUCAACCAAUACCUGGUUAUGAUUUAACCGACUAU